AUGGCGAAUACCCCGCCACACUCCCCUCCUACAAAAGAAAGGCCAAUAGAGGACGCGAGUUACGCGAACGUCUAUUUUUAUCCAAUAAGAGCAAAGACUAAAAACAUCCAUACCCUGUACAGGCAACGCACAAACACCAGCCUCGAGCACCACUUUCAACAGACUCUGCCCGUAUCCCUCCCUCCUCUAACCAAAAUUGUCGACCCCGUAACCGCAACGCUUGUUGCAAAAGGUACAGGCCUCAGCGCCAAAUGGGGCUUCUCUAAAAGCGCAGCGCUCGGCCUCAAGAAAGCGGGUGCGAAGCAAGUCGGUCAUGCGGUUCAGAACUACGGCAAUAUGAGCGUGAACGCUGCCUCUCAGCAAUCCACGGCAUAUGGCGCGGGAAAGUCUGCCAGCGAAUCCCUAGGGUUCUUCUCCGCCGUUGCGUCCAAACUCAACAGUGAUGCUAGAGAGCCGCGGUAUACGUCACGAGGACGCGAUAGGGAUCCCCUUCAAGGAAUUCCGACAACGGAACAGAGGAGGGCAGCGAGAGAGCGCCAGGAACGGCAGGAUAGAAUAGAGACUGAUCGCAAUCGGGAGAUCAAUCAGUAUUAUGAGAGGAAGAGGGCUAGAGACCAUGAGGCGGAGAUGAGGGGGUAUGAGCGGUAUCAACAGCAGAUGGCUGCCCAGGAAGCUCGCCGCAGGGAGAGGCGUCCGGAAAUGGGUGGAGAGGUGAGGUUUGAGAGACGCGUGUCACCCAGGAUACCUCGGACUUCCGACCAUUGA